CUCCCUUUAUUCAACCAUCCGAAUAGUUUAACAUGUAAUCAAUAAGGGUAUCCCAUCUAAAAAAGGCCAAGUAUAGCUGGAGGUUAGACCAAGCUAAGGUAUAUCACAGUGAACAGCAAUAUUGUAAGAGGUGUAGCUUCUCUUAUAAUUUACUAAACAAUAAAAUGGCUAUGCAUCCAGAUGGGUAUGGUUUUACAGCCGAAGUGAAAGAUAAGAUAUCUUCGAAGUAUGAUCUGACUUUAGCAAGGGAAGCAGGAAACUGGAUUAAAUUCUUCGUUAAAGACGCAAACUGGAAAGGGGACGAUGAGGAAAGUGUCCAUGAAACAUUGAAAGAUGGUAUCAUUUUAUGCAAACUCAUAAACGCAUUACAACCUGGAAGUGUGAAGACAAUCAACAGUAGUAAAAUGGCCUUUCAACAAAUGGAAAAUAUUGGCAACUUCAUUUCUGGAUCUACGAAAUACGGGGUGAAAAAAGAAUAUUGGUUUGCAACUGUGGAUUUGUAUGAAGCUGAGAAUAUGGCUCAAGUUGUACUAUGCUUGCAUGCAUUAGCUAGAAAGGCUGCGUCGAAAGGUGAAAGGGGUAUCAGGCCCAAGGAGUCGGAGUAAAAUAAACGAAACUUCAGUGAUGAACAGCAGCUUCGUACUGACGAGGGUGUAAUUGAGUUACAAAUGGGGACCAAUAAAUUCGCAAACCAAUCAGGGCAGAAUUUCGGAAAAACAAGAGACAUCCUAGAUUAGACAAUAAUCCAAAUAUCAGUAUCAGAUACAUUCAAGAAAUAAUUCCAUAUUCACAGUACGGGGUAGCUAUUCUUCUGGAAACCUCUGUAAAGUAAAAAUAAAUGUUCAAAAAUGUGAA